CGCAAGCCUUGCUAUUCCUUCGUAAAAAGAAAAGAAUAUGGUGCUAUCUGCCAUUGCCAUUUCCGCCCCAAUCAGAAAGCGCAAAAUCCUUGAAGAGCAUCCGAUAUCUGAUUCAACUCGGAGCACUCGUGCUGUCAAGCGCAAAUGUACGGAGAGUAAUGAUCAAUUUCUGCCCAAAGAGCUUCCUCAAUCGCUAGACCUUCUUUCCCAAGCUACCUAUACCGCGCCAGUUUAUCCCCGUUUUGACCUUUACCCAGACUUCGCGUAUGAUGAAAUGGACGUUGAUCCUCCACAUACCCUGACUGCCUUGUCGACACACGAAAGCAUGUCCACUUUCGUGGGACUCCGACAACCCCGAGAGAAUUUUCCGUCGAACCACCACACCUGUUCUCAAAUCCCCAAGCUUCAAGUCGCAAAACAUCCCGGUUUGAAUGGUCACCGGGCCCUUUACACUUUAUGUCCUCAAUGCGGCGCAAUUAACAAGGUGGAGGAGGCUUGGAACAAAUGAAUUGAAUUUGAAGUCAUAUCGUUGUUGCUUUUCUGAGUUUUCACCAAAUGAGAAAAUUUCCCAACCUGCUGCUCCUUCAUU